AUGGCCAAAAAGACCUACGAUCUCCUAUUUAAACUGAUGUUAAUUGGCGACUCUGGUGUCGGCAAAACUUGCAUUCUCUUUCGCUUUGUGGAUGAUUCCUUUUCCUCGUCUUUUAUCUCGACAAUAGGUAUUGAUUUUAAGAUAAAGACUGUUGAGAUUGAUGGGAAGCGUAUUAAAUUGCAGAUAUGGGACACUGCUGGUCAGGAACGCUUUCAGACCAUAACAGCAUCUUACUAUCGUGGCGCGAUGGGUAUAAUGUUAGUAUACUCGGUUACUUGCCGCAAAUCUUUUGAAAACAUCUCGAAAUGGAUGUCAAACAUUACUAAUUUAGCUUCAGAAGAAGUCGAAAAAAUUAUUGUGGCUAAUAAGAGUGACAAGGUUGAUCAACGUCAGGUGUCCGAAGAGGAGGGUCUUGCUGUUGCCGAAAAAUACGAAGUUAAACAUUUUGAAACGAGCGCAAUGAAUGGAACAAAUGUGGAGGCGGCCUUUUUGGAACUUACUAGAUCUAUUUUGAGGAAGGUUCCUAGAGAUCAGGGAUCGGCGGUUCCAAACACUCGUGUUCAUAAUCUCAACGCUAAACCCCAGUCUUCCUCAUGCUGCUAA